AGGGCAAAAGGGACACUUUACAUCUUUUUAUGGGAUCUAAAUCCAUUCAAGCUUUACAUAUGUUUUAAUAUCUAUAUUUGGAAACAAAACAUAAUUUUGAUCCCAGGACACACCCUAAGUACUGCUGGGAAACCGCCCACUGGGUGCACAGAUGCAGCAUGGAGUGCUAUAACUGGGACGCAUGGAGAAAGCCAGUCAGACAGGUGGUCCGUGAGGUCCAGAUGGACAUUCUUGGAUAACAUUUUUAUUCUAAAAGAUUUUAAACCAAAUUUUUUGCCUUGUUAUUUGAAAGAGUCAUCAUUGAGAUGGAGCCAUAAAAGGAAAACCACAGUGCCGAUGGGACCUGAAGACAAACCACUGAGAUCACCUGCUCAGAGGGCUGGUGAUCUGUUCCAAGCUAAGUCUUCCUCUUGCCUUUCUUUGAUUGAGGAAAUUUUUCUAGAAGCUGUGGAAUAUGGUGAUACCUCCAAGGUGAGGCAGAUGCUAGAGGAGCUUCCUCACCUCAACAUCAACUGUGUAAACUACAUGGACCAGAAUGCACUGCAGCUGGCAGUUAUUAACGAGCAUCUAGAGGUUUGCAAACUUCUACUUGAGAAGAAGGAGGUUGCUAGAAUAGGGGAUGCUUUGUUGUUGGCCAUAUGUAAAGGUAACAUCUGGAUGGUGGAGGUCAUAAUAAGCCACAAAGCAUUUGCAGAUAAUCAGCGGCUGGUUAAAAGCUUCAGGCAAACAGAGAUGGAAGACGAUUUAUUUUCUAAUGAUGGAGGUCGCUCUCGCUUCUUCCGUGACAUUACUCCUAUCAUCCUGGCAUCUCAAUGCCUUGAGUAUGAAAUACUGCAUGUACUUCUUAUGAGGGGGGCCCGUAUCGAGUGGCCCCACGACUACUUUUGUCAGUGCAGGACCUGUAGUGACCAGCAAAGCUGUGACUCUUUUAGCCACUCACAAUCCCGCAUCAGUGCAUAUAAAGGUCUAGCCAGUCCAGCGUACCUCUGCCUUUCAAGUCAAGACCCAGUGAUGGCAGCUCUAGAGCUGAGCAACGAGCUCGCUGUUCUGGCCAACACGGAGAAGGAGUUCAAAAAUGAUUAUAAGAAACUCUCCAUGCAGUGUAAAGACUUUGUGGUGGGACUCCUGGAUUUGUGCAGAAACACAGAGGAGGUAGAGGCCAUCCUUAAUGGUGACACUGACUCUGAAAUCUCUGGAAGACCAAAUCUCAUCAGGUUAAAAAUGGCAAUAAAAUAUGAAGUUAAAAAGUUUGUGGCACAUCCGAAUUGCCAACAGCAGCUCCGCUCCAUCUGGUACGAGAACUUAUCUGGACUACAUCAGCAAACCUUAGCAGUAAAAAUUCUUCUCACCCUUGGUGUGGCUGUCGGCUUGCCUUUCCUGUCCUUUAUUUGCUGGAUUGCUCCAUCAAGUAAGCCAGCAAAACUUAUGAGGGGACCCUUCCUUAAGUUUGUGACUCACGCAGCUUCCUUCAUGAUAUUUCUUUGUCUACUGGUCCUGAAUGCAGCAGACCGCUUUGCAGGAACGUCGCUGCUGCCUAACAUGACCACCCAUGACUACCCCUCACAGCUUUUCAGAAUAAAGACCACAACCUUCACCUGGAUGGAAAUUCUCAUUAUUUCUUGGGUCAUUGGUAAAAUAUGGGAAGAAUGUAAAACAAUCUGGUCACAAGACUUAGAAGAAUAUGUCUCAGAUCCCUGGAAACUUCUUGAUUUUAGUAUUUUGGCCAUUUUUAUGGCUUCCUUCAUUGCCAGAUGGAUGGCGUUCUGGCACGCAUGUUCAGCACAGAGAUACAUGGAUGAGCACUAUGAUGACCUGAUCAACGUGACGCUGCCCUUUGAGAUACGAUAUUUCCAGUUGGCAAGAAUUCACUGGAUGCCAUCGGACCCGCAGCUGAUCUCUGAAGGCCUGUAUGCAAUCGCUGUCGUUUUGAGUUUUUCUCGCAUCACUUGCAUCCUGCCGGCCAACGAGAGGUUUGGGCCGUUGCAGAUAUCUCUGGGGAGAACAGUGAAGGACAUUUUUAAAUUCAUGGUGAUCUUCAUUACUGUUUUUGUGGCGUUCAUGGUGGGAAUGUUCAACCUGUACUCGUAUUACCUUGGGGCCAAACACAAUGUGGCUUUUACAACGGUUGAAGAAAGUUUCAAAACAUUAUUCUGGGCCAUCUUUGGAUUGUCAGAAGUAAAAUCAGUAGUCAUCAACAUCAACCACAAGUUCAUCGAGAACAUAGGUUAUGUUCUGUAUGGGGUGUACAACGUCAUCAUGGUGAUUGUGCUGCUGAAUAUGCUCAUAGCAAUGUUUAACAGCUCCUUUCAGGAAAUUCAGGAUGAUGCUGAUGUUGAGUGGAAAUUUGCCAGAGCCAAGCUGUGGUUCUCCUACUUUGAGAACAGUGGGACCCUACCCGUGCCCUUUAACCUCAUACCCAGUCCUAAAUCUGUUGUUUCCGUCUUGUUGGCAAUAAAGAAAAUUAUCUGGAUUGUGUUUUUGAAAAAGAGUGGAGAAAACUCGAAUGAUGAGGCGGAGCUUAACAAUUUACAAACAUGUGAAGGACAGAAGAAAUUCGCUCUUAAACCUGCUCACCAUCAGAAAGUGAUAAACUCUCUCAUAAAAAGGUACAUAAUAAAAUCCCAGAGAGAGAAGGACAGAGAUGGCAUAAAUGAAGGAGAACUGAGGAAGAUCAAACUGGACAUCUCAAGUCUUCGUUGUGAGCUGCUGGAAAGAAAGAACUGUGAUGUUAACACACUGAUGGAGCUGGUUAGAUGGUUGGAGGAAGUCAUGGAUGUUCAAGAGAUGGAUGGGUCAAACAAACACUCUUAAAACAGAAAAAUAGACAACAUUUAAAAAAAUUUUAUUUAAAAAUUAUUUGUCACGCAUUCAAUAUUUUCACUAGGCUGAGG